AUGGUGCGGCUCGGGCUGGAGGAGGACGACCUGGUGCUCAUGACAAGCACGUCGCUCCCCAAGGCCACGUCCGUCAAGCUGCGGCCGCACACCAUGGACUUUCUGGGAGCCAAGGACCUCAAGCGGCUGCUCGAGUUCAACGUCAGACUGAACACGCCGUGCGUGACGGUCGGCGACACGAUCGCCGUCGCCGAGGGGGGCCGGCGGUACCUCCUGGACGUCGUCGAGGCCAAGCCUGCCGACGCCGUGUCCACCCUCGACACCGACUGCGAGGUCGACUUCGCGACGCCGCUCGACUACGUGCAGCCUCCUGCUCCGGUGCCAGUGAAAGUCGCCGCCGCCCCAUGCCAAGACUGCGCCCACGGCGGCGAGCGGCGGUUCGUCGGCGUCGGGAUGAGGAUGGACGGCAAGCCCGUGGAGACGCCGCCCCCUGCACCGGCGCCGGAGGCCGGUUCUUCGAUCAAGGGGAAGAAUGCUAGCGAGCAUGUGCUUCGGUUCUUCGGCCGCCGCGGCUCGGUGGUGGUGCCGCCCCCUGGCGCCAAGUCGAAAAAGAAGGUGGACGGUGAUGAGGACAAGGAGGCUAAAUGGUUCACCGGCCACAAGUAUACCCUCUAG